AGGUUUUGGAAGACAAAACCAUGGCUGGUGGUUCUCAGUUCAUUUGGAUUCCGCUCCUCUUCACCUGUGUACUCGGCACUUCUGAUCCCAGAGCUGGCCACAACAGUUUGGUCAGAACUGGGAAUCCCGACUUGGACGAUAUCCUUUCCAAGAUCAUACAAUCCACUGACUUUCAAAACAGUCCUGUAAAUGUAACGUCAAUUGUCAUCAAAACUUGCACCGGUAUGAAAGAAACUUUGGAGGUGUUACAAAGGAAACUUCAGCAGGCGACUCGCCGUUGCAACCACCUCGAUGACGAAGCCUCUGGGCUGAGGACUGAUGUCGUGCAGCUGAAAGUGAAACUUGCUGCAUGCAUGUCAACAGCAUCGUCUACAUCUGGCGCGUACCAACCCAAUCUGCAGCUCAAAAUGAAGCAGAUGCUGGAGAAGCUUGAUGGUGACACACUUCUCAUUUUUAAAAUAAUGACACUCACCAGGGAGGUGAGCACUUUACAGGAGAAGAUCAAGCUUGCUACUAAUUCUAACAGAACUGCAGACGAAAUCGCAGAGCUGCAGAAAGAGCUGGACAAGAAGACGACUGAACUAAAAGAUCAGAUACAGGAAGCUGAGGAAAGCCUUUCAAGCGCAACUCUCAUAAUUCAGAUAAUCUCCCUGCAGAAUCAGCUCUGGGCUUUACAAGAGGCAGAAAGAAGAGGGGAAAAACCAAACUCUAACAGUUCAAGUUCCAUGACUCUGGUGAAACAACAGCUCAACAGGAAGAUCGUUCUGCUGCAAGAAAAAGGAGAUACCAACUCUUCUAUUUUGCUGGAGCUGAUUUAUGUACGCACAAGUAUUGCAGAGUUGAAGAGGAUGAUCAUCGAUGCUAUUGAGAAAUCCAAAACCAUCGCCGCUGAUGCCAGGAAGCAAUGGAACCAAAAGACUGAUCUCCUCAGAAAGCUGAUUAUACAGCUGAAAAAUGACGAGAACAACAGGGAACUAACCAAGCUAAUUAUGAGAGUGCAGGCUGAGGUGCUACAUUUUGAACAGCUGAUGAAAAACGCCAAAAACAUCACUGAUUCCCAAAUUCAAGGGUUUCACGUUAUGUUGGACAAAGAGAAGCAAAGGCAAGACAUUUUACAGAGGCAACUGGAAGCAGUGGAGUAUGUUAAGGCACAGCAGAUCAUGCAAGUCAUCAGCCUAAUAGAAGAAAGGAAAGAGCAGCACCUGACAGGCCAGCCCACCACUGUGCGUGAAGGUAUAGAAAAAAAAUACAUCGAAGCUCAGGCCAAAUUAAGAGAGCUGGAGAGGAAACUGCGACUGAAGACUGAAAUGGAUUCCAAAUUUGUGAAAAGAUAUGAGCAGGUGAAGACCGACUUUGACCGCAAAAUUGCUGAACUGAAAAGAACCGAGGACCUCCAACCAGCUCUCAUUAUAAAGCUGAUGAGCCUGCAUGAUGAGCUGAGGGCUUUGAAAGAUCAGAUCUCUCUCUCAGAAGACAAAGGCUUGACCUCCGAGCUACGGAAACAACUGGAGAGAAAACAAGAAGAACUGAGCUCAGGAAUUGCAGACAUAGAGAGUCUGACUUCUAGCCCAGGAGCAAUUUUAAAGAUCCUUGAACUGCAACAUGAGUUAUGGAACCUUCGGAACAAAGCCACCAAUGGAACCACAAGCGAUCGAGAAGAGGAGUUACAGAACAGACUAGACGGCUUCAUCGAUGAAAUCAACAACAGAGCCGGUGAAAACACAAAACUGAUUCUGAAAAUCAUCAGUCUGCAAAGUCAGCUGGAGCACCUGGACACGCUGCUGUCACAAACCUACAAUUCAAACUCUCCAAGCAUGGUGAUCAUAAGGAACAAUCUAACAGAUGAGCUCACAUUCAAGAGAGCCGAGCUACAGAAAUAUAUAUAUCAGCUGAAUAACAAGAAUCCGGCUAAAGCCAGAUUAAUUCUGGUUAUCACUGAACUCUACAAAAAUCUCAAAAGAAUUGAAAAAGAAACUCGUGACGAUAACGCAGUAUCCUCUUUAACAUUAACUCUCCAUCAGAUGUAUCUUCAAAACAAAAACAGGAAAUAUGCUCUUAUCAGGGAUAAAGUCGCAGAGCUGGAGAGGCAACUGCACUUAAAGACACAUGAAUGCUCUGGACUCGAGCAACAACGAAACCAGCUGAAGACUGAAGUUGAAGAGAAGAUUGCAGAACUGAACAAGACGAAAGACUUCAAAACUGCUCUGCUCCUGAAUGUGAUCAACAUGCAGGCUGAAGUGAGGGCUUUGAGGGAGCAAAUCUCAAAUUCAGAAGAUCCAGAAAUCAUCUCACAGCUGCAGAUGCAACUGGAGAAGAAGCAAGAUGAACUGAUUACUAAGACUGCAGAAAUGGAGGAAUUGAUUGCCAACCCGGGACUAGUUUUACAAAUCAUUGAGCACCAGAAUGAGAUAUGGGACCUGCAGAACAAGGAUGUGAAUGGGACAGCUGGUGACCAGAUAAAAGCUCUGCAAAACAGAAUAGACACACUCAUGGCUCAAAUGGGCAGCAGUGAUCAAGAAAACACCCAACUGACACUGAAAAUCCUGAAUCUGCAGAGUCAGGUGAAGCACCUGCAGAAUCUGCUGUCAAACCGUGAGACUCUGCAAACCAGUAAGCUAACUGAGCUCACAAAUGAGCUUGCAGCCAAGAAGGGAGAGCUGGAGAAACAAGUCAAUGAGCUGAAAGAGAAGAACCAGGAAAAUGCCAACCUGAUUUUGAACAUCACUGAUCUGCAAAGCCAACUUGAAAACCUUGAAAAGUUAAGACAGCUGAGGAUAAAGAAAGUGCUGCUACAAUUUCUAAUCUCAGAAAACAACUGAAGGAUAAAGAGGAGGAGCAUUCUCGCGAUCAGGAAGUGAUCCUUGACUUGCAGCAAAAACUGAACGAGACACAAAGCUGUUCAGAUUAUGAGCAGACAAUUACAGAUCUGCAGCAAAACCUGAAUGACAAAAUCAAGGAGCUGCAGUCCAAAUCGAACUCUGUUACUUCACUUGCUCUACAAAUUUCUACAU